GUCAAUACAGACCUACAAAAAACAUAACAACCAAACAAAAUGUUCAAGUUGGUGGUAUUGUCUGCUUUGCUCGCCGUAGCUGCUGCUCGUCCCGGUCUCGUAGAGUCACCAGUAGUUUACUCUGCACCAGCAGCUGUUGCCGUACACGAACCUGCUUUGGCUAAAGUUGGUGCUGUUGUAAAGAGCAUUCCAACUGCUGUCUCCCAUCAAAGUCAAACAAUUGUACACAGCUCCGCACAUGUCGUUGAAGAUGUUGUUGCUCCUGUUGUGAAAACCACUGUGGCUGCUGCACCAGUUGUGCACACCGUUGCUGCUGCUCCUGUUGUAAAAACUGUAGCUGCUGAGCCUGUUGUACACUCAGUUGCUGCUGCUCCAGUCGUUCAUUCCGUUGCUGCUGCUCCAGUUGUACACUCCGUUGCCGCUGCUCCAGUUGUACACUCCGUUGCUGCUGCUCCAGUUGUACACUCCGUUGCUGCUGCUCCAGUUGUACACUCAGUUGCUGCUGCUCCAGUCGUACACUCAGUUGCUGCUGCUCCAGUCGUCCACUCUGUUGCUGCUGCUCCAUUCGUACAUGCUGUUUCUGGUCCCGUAGUUCACUCUACUUAUUCUGCUGUUUCACCAUUGACUUACGCUGCUGCUCCAGUUGCCACUUAUGCUGCCUCAUCUCCACUCACAUACACAGCCACUGGUAUAUGGUAAUUGC